AUGAGCUCAACCGAGCAGCAUGUCGAACCUACAGAGUCUUCUACAAAGCUACUGGAGUCUCAUGACCCAAACAACUCAAGCCCAAUGCUUCCCAUAGACCCUCCCACUCACGAUCAUGCCCCAUUAAAAGCCUGGUUAUUCACGAUCCUACCAUUGGCUAUCCACCUCCUAGGUUCUCUGGCACUAGUCGCGACUCUACUAGGCUACCUCGACGGUCACCAAUUCUACUUAGAACGACAGCCUGAGGUACAUUUGGCCAAUCGAACAUCCCAAUCUCAACAAUUACCCGGGUAUAACCUGCUGCAACCCAAAGUUACCACUCUUCUGUCUGUUUACCUCGUGAUCCUUCGCUGGGUUGCUGCCAUGUGGGCCGCUCCUUUGUGCUGGCGUACCAUAUUCAUGCUUGCAGGGAAACACGGGAUAGAAUACAGGGAUAUAAAAUGGGUGGUCAGUUAUGGGGUAUUUCGCCCCUCGACCAAUUUCCAGUGCUCUCUGAACCUACUACUAGGUUUCAUCCUGGUCUUUACGCUGGUGCCUCAACCUUCCGCCCCCCUAGUAACUGGUUCCAUAUCGUGGCUGCCAAGUAAUAAAACCAUAGACCUGCCUGAUCGUCCUGAUUUCACACUCGCUGGGUAUCCCCAAGAUCUCAACGUAACCGAGCAAUUUAAUUAUAUGAGGGCGGCUGGGGCCAACCUCGGUACUACCAUCCUCAAAAACUUCAACGUUGCUUGGAGCCAAGCUCCCGAUCCAUUCAUUUCCAAGCGAGUCAUUGCCUCCGCAGCUCGUCUGGGCAUUGGGAGCACGUUUGAUAGCGUUCUUCUACCAUACUUUGCUGCUACUCAAAUUGAAUGGCUCCCCGAGAUUGAUAACAAUAGCCUCCGACUACUUAAUUCCAUGCAAAUUAAUAACGACAGAUUACUCGAUCAAUUGAAUUUGACCGCGGCCGCGGCGUUGAUUGUCAACGAGACACUGAUAGGGCCGCCCACGCCCCCUCCUCCAGCAUGGUACAUACUCAUCAACGUCGGAACGCAGAGCAAUUCCAAAGCCCGGAAAUGCAAUUUAUUCGAUACGUUUCUGCCCGCCAAUUCCACGAUACCAGUCUUUACCGCAGAUAUUUAUUCCUAUUGUGGUAUCCAGUACCCUAGUUGUUUUGCCUACGCCAAAGUAUCUUAUAUUGCGGCCCACGGAAUUUGUAGUGAUUGCCGAGUUGGCUCACUUUCUACAGUGCAGAACGAUACUGAGAUCGAACUGGUGCCAGACUAUGGACCGGUUCGCUUCGCGACACAUGAGAUGUCUCGAUACAUAACGCAAAUGACACCAUUACAAGACUCUCUUCCUGAUCCAAGGUUUGAUCUUGAAGUUUAUGCUAUCGCUUUUCUCACUCGGCUGUUCUCUGCAUCGUGGAACGCCUGGGCCGAUGCGUCCGCAGAUCAAUAUAUGGUCACUACGGGAUAUAAACCAGCGGUCUCGACGCUCACAGCAAAGAUCUCCCGGUCCAGAGUCUACGGGUGGCUUGCUCUUCAGCUUUCGCUCACGUUCGCCGGGGCGGGCUUUAUAUGGCUACAAUCGACAUCUCGAUAUCCACUUCUCGGGGAUACGGCCAUGGUGGCGUUUAAUAUCGAUAGCACAGAGGUGUCUAAAACUCCGCCACAUGAACAGGAGAAACGCGAGCUGCUUGGAAUUGAACCCAAAGGGGAUGGAUGGAAAGUGAUUGUUGUCAAUUAA